AUGUCCGACCGUGAGGAUCGCUGCUUGGUCGUCGGCCCCCAGUCGCGUCAGGGUCUUCAAUCCUCCUACAAGCGUAAGACUUCUACCAAGCAUCUCGGGCUGAGCAAUGGCCCCGUCAACCACCUUUGGCCACUCAACCAUGUCCUUCCCAAGGUCGAUAUCUCGGACCCGCAUACAUUCCUUGCCAUCAAACGAGGAAUCCUCCAGUACACGUGGCUGAAGCCACUGCUCGCAUUGUCUGCCAUCAUCAUGAAGGCUUGCGGUGUGUACGAAGAAGGCUAUAUCGGCCUAAAGUCGGGGUAUUUUGGAGCGGUAUCGUCUAUAACAUUAGCGUCACCGUUAGUCUUUCCCAAGUUCUUGUGCAUCAAACUCAUCAUCUUUGCCUCAUACUGGCAAGGCUUCUUCCUCUCUAUCCUAGUUUGGGUUGGCGCGAUUCCAGACAACGUGGAGGGCUAUACUCCCGACAACCUAGCCGCCGCCAUUCAGGAUGCGCUCAUCUGCGUCGAGAUGCCCGCCUUUGCCAUUGCGCACUGGUACGCCUUUUCGUGGAAAGACUUUGCGGACAACAGCAUUUUCUCUGCUCGUAUGCCAUUGAGACAUGCCUUUAAGGACGCAUUCGGACCCAAAGACCUCAUCGAGGACUCGAAGCAGACCUUUAUGGGCGACAAUUACGGAUAUCGAUCCUUUGACUCGGGGGACAAGAUCAUAGCACACGAAGACUCACAAUCCAGACUCGCGCGGAUCAAUGCCGGGAUGAGGUACGAACGAGGAGGCAAAGGCAAAUACUGGAUUCCCAAGCCUGGCGAGAGCCAGGCAUCCGCCACCACCCCGCUGCUGGGUCCAGCUUUUGCCGGGUCCUCCAGGAACGGCGGGCCCUCAAGCGACUCGGGCAGUAGCUCUUUUAGUGAGGAAAUAAAUUUGGAUCCAGAAGAAGAACGGCUUUACGGGAAAGCUCGGGAACUAGAGUAUGGCGAUUGGAAUCGAACCUCUGCACGCCCGGUAUAUGACCCCACCCUUACAACAACAACCCCGCCGGCGGCCGAGUGCCAACUCCUCCAGGCAGGCGCAGUCGACACCGAGCGAGGGAGUUCCUGUAACCAAGAAGAAAAAGAGGCGACCCCGCCACAAGAUACACGCGAGGAGGCGCCGGACGCUGACGUUACACGGCCAUCAAAGAGAACAGUGGACGAGCCAACUCGGGAGCCCCUACAAGCAUCCGAUGAGAACAAGGCUGCACGUCCCACGCCUGUACAGGAGGAGCGAGGCUCAGCGUCGCGAGUCGAGGAAACAGCCGAGGAGCAGACGCUUUCUCCGGGGUAUCAGGUCAGCGAGAACGACGACGAGUUUCGUAACGUGUGGGAUUAA